UUUGUCCUUCCCUCCUCUCUCUCUCUUUCUCUGUCUGUGAGUGUUUAUACACACCUAUCAGUCAGUUUGAUUUAACCCCUCUCUCUCUCACAUGUGAGAUACCAGAGUUCUGCCUGCUUUGUUCUGACAAGAUCAACUGGAAUGCACACAAAUCACAUGAAGGACACAAACAACAACUUUAACAACUCUCUCCUCGGUGCCCAAAAGGAGAAGCUUAUUCAGGCAAUUAAGAAGAUCAAACAUGAAAUUGAUGAAUGUUAUGAGGCUGAGAAAGAGGCUUUUGUGGACGCACUGGAGGUCGAGAACAGAUUUGAAGAGAUAGAGCGUGAAAUCCGAGCAGAGUUCCAAAACCUCCAUCGUUUCCUGGAUGAGGAGGAAGAGACGGAUCUGGAACGGCUAAGGAACGAAAGGGACAGACGAGUGAAGAUCUUAAAAGAGAGAGAGAAAAAGAUUGGCAUGCAGAGUAGAGAUCUAGAGAAAGCCAUCGAGACACUGAACUGCAAACUGCGGGAAGAUGACAGCCCUAAACUUUUGAAGGAAAUCAAAGAGCUUCUGAAAAGAUGUGAGGUGAAUUUCAUUCGUCCUCCCCCAAUAGACAGCGAAAUUUUCUCUGGUCAGUUUGUGGGGCCCAUUCAGUAUCGGAUCUGGAAACACAUGAAAACAUCCCUCUACCCAAACAUAUCCACGUUGACUUUUGACCCUGAAACAGCGCAUCCCUACCUAACCAUCUCUGCUGAGAAAAAUUCAGUGAGUUUCGAGGAAGACAAGCUGCUGUCUAACGAGAACCCAGAUGAAAGGAACCCGAAGCGCUUCCACUUCUAUUACUGCGUGAUGGGUUCAGAGGCCUUCACUCAUGGCCGUCAUUACUGGGAGGUGGAGGUGAAAGGCAAGACCGCCUGGCGAGUGGGUGUGGCCAGAGCAGACAUACCCCGUGGAGAGAUGGACUCUUCCUCAACGUUAAACGGACUGUGGACACUGUCUCUCAGAAAUGGCUCGAUCACAGCCUGCACCCACCCUAAGCCCACAAAGGUGCUCUCAUACACCCUCCCCAUCCGCAUUGGCAUCUUCCUGGACUGUGAUAAAGAGGAGGUUUCUUUCUACAACUCUGUCACUAUGAUGCCACUCUUCUCAUUCUACAUAGGGACUGUUCUAGAGCCACUCUAUCCAUUCUACAACACGUGUGACACAGAUGAAGGAAAGAACUGCCCUCCGCUUUCCAUAUUUCAUCCAUCACUCUGAGGGAUUGGUAUGGAUGUUUGGUUUUAGCACUUCCACUGCUGACACAGUGUGAAACCUCGAAGCUUGGAUGCCUGUAAAGCUAGAGAGCUAUUUUGUUGUGUAGUUGUGUUUGGCUGA